AUGGGUAAAUUAUUCCUUGUGUGUGUGUGUUAUGGUUUAUCUGUGUGUGUGUGUGCAGCGUGGGCAGGGGGCUUCGUGUCCAUCACGGUCAUCAGCCUGCUGUCUCUGCUCGGGGUCGUCCUCAUCCCCCUCAUGAACAAGGUGUUCUUCAACUUCCUGCUCAGCUUCCUGGUGGCGCUCGCCGUGGGCACGCUCAGUGGCGACGCCUUCCUCCACCUCAUCCCCCACUCCCAGGCCACCCACCACCUCCACCACCACCACAACCACCACGAGGUCGCUGGGCCGGAGGGGGCGGGGCCGGGCCUCCACGGCGACCAGGAGGAGAACCUGGACGGCGUGUGGAAGGGGCUGACGGCGCUCAGCGGCGUCUACGUCAUGUUCCUCAUCGAACACUUCCUGACGCUGGGCAAGAUGUACAAGGACCGCAAGAAGAUACAGAAGAAGUGGGACUCGAGAGAUAAGGAUCUGGAGGAGGUUCCCGCCCUGGAGGAGAACCACCUCAAGCCCCACGAAGACGCCGAGGCCAACGGGGGCGGGGCCCUGGCCGAGGAGCAGCAGCUCAUGCUGGCGCCCGCAGAGUCGGCGGCGGCGGCGGCGGCGGCGGGGGCGGGCCACACCCGCCCUCCGGACGCGGCCUACACGGACCAGGACUGUGAGCACAAGUGCCACUCGCACUUCCACGACACGGUGGGCCAGUCGGACCACCACCAUCACCACGACUACCACCACAUCCUGCACCACCACCACUCGCAGAACCACCACCCCCACAGCCACGCCCAGAGCUACUCCCAGGAGCACUUUGAGCAGGUGGGCGUGGCCGCGCUGGCCUGGAUGGUCAUCGUGGGCGACGGCCUGCACAACUUCAGCGACGGCCUGGCCAUCGGUGCUGCGUUCUCCGAGGGUCUGUCCAGCGGUCUGAGCACGUCGGUGGCCGUCUUCUGCCACGAACUCCCCCACGAGCUGGGGGACUUUGCGGUUCUGCUGAAGUCGGGCAUGACGGUGCGUCAGGCCAUCCUGUACAACGUGCUGUCGGCCAUGAUGGCCUACCUGGGCAUGGGCGUGGGCAUCGUCAUCGGCCACUACGCGGAGAACGUGUCCAUGUGGAUCUUCGCCCUGACGGCCGGGCUCUUCAUGUACGUGGCCCUGGUGGACAUGAUGCCAGAGAUGCUGCACAACAACGCGGGCGAGCAGGGCGUGGGCCACUGCGGCUUCUUCCUGCUUCAGAACGCCGGCAUCCUGCUGGGCUUCGCCAUCAUGCUGCUCAUCGCCGUGUUCGAACACAAGAUCCAGCUGGACCUGGGCUACUGAGUCCGGCUCCGGUAUUGGUCGGCUCCGGUCCACAUCUCCCUGCUCUCCCCCCCCCCCCCCUCCCUCCCAUCCGGCUCCUCCCCUAUGCCUUGUUUUAAGUUCAUUUAUUUUAUUUAUGUUUUUUAGCUUGUGUCCCCCCGUUCUCUGCUCCAUCGCUGGCCGCUGGCGUUCUGCACGCUCUCAGGAGGUUCUGGAAGAGUCUCCCUCCCUGCCGGCGGUCAGAAGCCCAGCUGUGCUAGAACGAUAGACCCUACCUGAGCGGACGGCAGCUCCAGUGGACCUUCGAUACUGAUACGGGAACCGUGGUCCAAUAGUAAUGCUAAACAUUACACAUGGACAAAGUUCGCAACUUACACUGCACUGUAGACCCAGUGGGUCCAGUACAGGUAGAACCCGGUACUCGUCAAGUACUGGAGACCCGGUACAUGUAGAACCCGGUACUCGUCAAGUACUGGAGACGGAUUACAGGUAGAACCCGGUACUCUUCAAGUCUUGUAGAGCCAGUACAGUUACAACCCGGUACACCAAGUACUAUAGACCCAGUACAGAACUGCUGUAAUACUAUGUGUAGUCCUCUUCCCUAAACGGAUCCAGUAGGGUACAUCUUGAAGCCGAUACAGUACCUUAGGGCCGGUACAGGUUCAUAGUGGUGCCGUGCUGUGAUUUCAUGUCAUGACAAAACGUGUUACAUUUUUAUGUACAUUGAGAUCGCCAAAUGUUUUUUGUUACAGCGUAAUUUCUUUUUAAUAGUCAUACAAAGGUCAUGUUUUUUUAGUAGUGUUGCAAUACUUUAACCAUUCUGUUUGGAUUGAAACAAUUGUCUACAAGGACGUAUUUGAUGGUAUAAAAGUGUAUUUAAUAUGAUUGAUUAUUCAACCAUUGAUCGAUAUCCUUCAUGCCCCCAGAGCGAGUCAACUGACCUGUGUUGGGUAUGAAGACCUUUCCCAGGAGCAGUAUUUAAAUGUAAAACUGCUCGUCUUCAUUUAAUUAAAUGAAGAAGAUGGCGCAGACUAAACCGUAUAUUCUCUGUCACUUUGAUCCAACUGGUUUUAGUUCCUUUAGGGUCUGCUGAGGUGAAGACUGUUCGGGUCUCUAGGUUCAAGUUGUAAACACUGUCGCUGAUUCACUGCACUGUGUUGCUUGUUACUGCUUGAAAUUAAUGUUGAAAAAUGGGACUUCAUCUCAUCGGAACAAUGGCAUGGCAAUGUCAUAAAUAACUGUCAAGGGCUUAUUCUUAUUUGAAGAAAUUACAGACUUGCAUUUGGUCAUGCAUGGGUCGCUAAUGUACAAAUACAAAAGUAAGUGGCUUGGUGUCUAAACUUUAAUCAAACGUAACAUUUCAAUCUUCCAAUAUCCUCCUACCCCCAACAUGCACUACUGAGUUGUUUUUCAAAUUCAAACUGAACUUGAGGGACGUUGGUCACGGUUGAGCCAGUGCCAUUAUGUUUUAGAGGUCUUUUUAUUUGAUCAUGUCUUGCCUUCUGACUGCUGUUAGGGCUCCACUGUGAUAGCCUACUGCUGUUAAGCUGAACGCUCCUCUCCUACCCCAUAACCAGUAUAAUUAAGGUACCUUCUCAUUUUUUUACUUUGCUUCUCAUGCCCACUGUUGAUCGUACCAGGUCUUUGGGCCGCUUGGUGUGUUUCUGUGUUUGUGACGCUCCAGAACAGAAUAAAGCUGCUUACCCGA